AUGUUUGAAAAUAAUGGAUUAGAAGAUAUAAAAUCAUUAAAGAUAUUAAAAGAAGAUUUAGAAUAUUGUGUCUGGUUAAUGAUAUUAUGUAAUGAUUAUACUAUAGAUUCAUUGGUACGUUACAAUUUUUGCCAAAAUUAUUACACAUUUUUUAAUGAACAAGAUAUAUUAUUUUCUGAACAUAGUACUGUAAAAAAGCCACAUACUUGCUGGAAAUACAUAAGAAAUUAUUCUAUUAAUAUGGAUGAUUUGUAUGUUAAUCGUUGA